CAAGAAACAGUCUUCACUUGCUCUAAGCGAUUACACCAUGGGUGGGGCUGUAAAAGAAUUACCACACUCUGCUAAGUGGAGGAUCGUUUCAGAGCGCUUUGUUGGCACGUACACCGAUCCUGCAGAUCUAAGCGAAGCAGAACAACGCGCGCGCGCUGAGCAUGCUACAGUGCUCUUACACGUACACGCAAACAUAUUUGUGUACGCGUGCUGUUUCUGGAUGCAACAACCUAUACUCCCUAGUCUGACCAAAGCCCUAGGGGUGGAUAGUGUGGUCUUCGGUACACUGUCGUCAGUGAUUAACGUCUUUGCAUUGGUUGGUGGCCCGCUGGUGGGUAGAAUAGUGGAUACAUCGGGUCCCAAAACAGGCUUAAUCAUCAGUCAGGGUGGAAGUUUUCUCAUGUACGCUCUCAUGGCGUGUGCCUACACGCUUCCCAUACUGUUCUUAUCCCGUGUUCCCGCAAUAGCCCAACAUGCGAUGCUGUGUGCACAGGCGGUUGUAAGCAAGAUUACACUACCGCAGAACCGUGCGAGUGCUUUAGGCCGGUUGUCGCUUAGUUAUGCGAUCGGAAUGGUACUCGGUUCACCUGUGGGGGGUACAAUCUCGAAGAAUUACGGUGACCACAUGACCUGCCUGAGUGCGAGUGUGUUGUCAUUGUUAAUGAUUGUGACAAACUAUGUAUACUUGCCAUCGUUAACAACCAGUACAACCACGGACAGUCAGGCUGAUUCGGCGGCGGAGGAGUGUAAGGCCAAACCUAAGAAGAGUGCCUUGGAUGUAACAGAAAUUGUAGAGGUACUGCGGGUGCAAAAGGUAUUCUUGCUAGUGACCUUCUCGUUCCUGGUGGGCUUGGGUAUGAACAUGUACACGUCGAUGUUUUCCCUUAUUAUGACAGACUCGAUACACAUGGAUUCGCAAAGCUUAGGCAUGUUAAUGGCGUACGCGGGUGUGCUGUCUGUGGUUGCCAACGUUGGGGUUGUAGGUGCCUUGUCUGGUUCUCUAGGUGACUUUAAGACCAUGGUUGUUGCCUCUUUUCUGCUGGCGGUAGGCAUCCCCAGCAUCUGCGUAUACUCUACCGAUCUGGUGAGUGUGCUAGUGCUCACGACACCUACGAGUAUCAGCUCGACCAUUAUAUACACUGUGUUAGGGGCACUAAUCUCUGGGAGUGUACACCAAGACCAGACAGGGACAGCUAUCUCGCUGUCGCAUGCCGUGCGAUCAUUGUGUGGCAUUAUCUCACCCAUAGUGGGUGGAUAUAUACUAAGAGAGUUUGACGUUCCUACAUUGGGCAUUGUGGCGGGGGCACUUAUUGGUAGCGCCUGUGCGUGUCUAUGGUUGAUGGGUAGAGAUAUGCUCGAUUCAGUUACGGCUCCCACGAGUGGCAAAAAGUCAACUUAGUGUUGUGGUCGCAGAGGCCACAACGAAUGAACAGUAUAUCCGUAUGUGUGAUCAUCAAGAAUGGUCUGACAUACAAACGCAGUCGUAUCACUGAUAUACCUCCAUACAACUAGGGUGCUUGUUCUGCUGGGAAGAAGUAUCUACAAUCCUCAAACAUUAGUGACAACUAUGUAUUAUUAUACCGUCGCUCUGUAUACAAAUAAUUGAUUCAGUAUCGAAGUGGAGCACACAGAAACAACUGCUACAUAGCCAUCGAAUUCGGGACGUACACAUUAUAAUCUGCCAUUUUGAAACAAUCGUGGCAUACAACGCAUCAGAUUGCGAUCUUCACACAUAUCAAAUACUAACAAACACAACUUCUUACAUGCAGAAAUUUUUGUGUCUAUCAUCAAUUUGAAUCUUUUUGUCAGGUGGAGUACCGGUAUUUCACCUAUAGGGGCGGAUCAUGCAUACGCAAAUAAACC